UCAACACAACAGUAACCAUAGUAACCCGUAACCAUAGCAACCACACCAACAUUCAAAAGGUAAAAAAAGUCUCCACCCCCUUUUCUUUUUCUUAUUUUUCUCUAUCUAAGUUACCAUUAAGGUUCUAUGGGUUUAAUUUUCCCGCCUUUUUUUAUAAACUAUCUCAAAAAAUUUUCGGCUGCAAGUCCAACUCACUGCGCUGAUUAAUAUAGGCUAGCAAAGUUAUAAUGAAACUUUUUUUUCAAGCGACUUAGUUUUUAACUUAGAAAUUUACCAUGUAUUCUCUAUGGGGAAUUUUGCAUGUAUUCUCUAUGGGGAAUUUUGCAUGUAUUCUCUAUGGGGAAUUUUACAUGUAUUGUCUAUGGGGGAUUUUACAUGUUAGUUUUUUUUUUCCUAAUAUUAACACUUUUCUUUAUCACCAGUUAACAUGGACUUAACACGAGCCUUCCAAAUUCUAAAUGAGGAAAUGGAGCAAGAAUACGAUGAAAUCUGCAGAAGAUUUGUGAUUCCAGAUAACCAAAAUUGCGCUGAUUCGAUAAACCAUGGACUUGAUGCUUGUAUGGAAUGUGAUGAAGACGACGAGAUAUGUAAAAACUACUAUGUUAAAAACGAUGAAGAAGAACUAGAUAUGUAUAUGGAAAAUCAAGACGAUGAUGACAUAUGUAUCAACUUAGGGAUAGAAGGUGAAACAGAAGCAGAGGAGGUUAGUAUGUUAGAUUUAUCAGCUACUGGUGUGAUUAAUGAAAUAGCGACAGGACAAAUCCUUUCUCAAUCAAUUCAGAAGCAACCGGAUGCUAUUUAUUAUACUGAUAACCAUUCUAGCAGUUCUGGUUCUACAUCUCUUGUACACUCUUGUGCUUCCAAUGAACAAUAUGAUGUCGGUCACUCAUCUCAAGAUAUAGCGCAAUCAACUCAUCGCUCUUCAUCGUCUUCUACUUCAAGCUCAUGUUCAACUUGCAACUCUUCACAGUCUUCGUCUUUCUCUUCAAGCUCAUGUUCAACUUGCGAUACAUGUUCAACUUGCAACUCUUCACAGUCUUCGUCUUUCUCUUCAAGCUCAUGUUCAACUUGCGAUACAUGUUCAACUUGCAACUCUUCACAGUCUUCGUCUUUCUCUUCAAGCUCAUGUUCAACUUGCAACUCUUCACAGUCUUCGUCUUUCUCUUCAAGCUCAUGUUCAACUUGCGAUACAUGUUCAACUUGUAACUCUUCACAGUCUUCGUCUUUCUCUUCAACUUGCGCUCAAGACAACACUUCCAGAUCUAAACAAGAUUUUUCUCAACAGGGAGGUGGUCAAGGUGAUGAUUCUAUUCUUCAUUCAAGACCAAGGGAAAGAGAAAUAGAGUUUGAGAUUGUAGAUGAACAGCCAUGGAGAACAAAUGCGAACUUCCAUUCAAUGACCAAACUUCUUCGCGCUAGGCUCAACAACAACUGCUCGUCCGGUGUUGAUAUUUCGCGCUUAUCGCACGCAAUAGAUACAGCCUAUGAAAGAUUUGUUUCCAAACUGAUAGAAGAUGCCAAUUCAAAUGACAGGAUCUUUAUAACAUUUCGUAAUCCGCAAGAAAACCGUGAACUUUAUGUCUCAUUCCUCAAGAAAAACUUCAAUCCACAGGAGUUUCUUGAUAGAGCCUAUGCACUAGCACAAUCAGCAGGAAAUUUCCUAGAUGAUGGAGUUUUUGAAAUAAAAGUUCAAAUAGUCAAGUCCAUUUCAGGAGGAGCAAGGGCAAGGGUUUGA